UAUGUUGUUCUGUGCAUUUUGUUAAUGUGAUGUUUGUGCCGUUUGUGGUCAACUUGAACGUUAUUUAUCAGGCGUCGUUUUUUAUUAGUUUUUAAAUAAAAAAUAGAAAUAGAAGUUUUAUUUGGUGCAAAGGUGCAAAAAUAAAGAUAAAAUUGCUACCAUUUAAAAGUGACAAAGAAAAAACAAUUUGAGAGGAGAAGAAAGGUUAACAGCCGAUUGCAAAAAUGAUUUCCUUGUGUGAUAUACAAUUUAUAUUGAAUUAAAUAUCUGCACGCAAUUCGCGCGAAAACAAAAUUCCUUUUCAACCUGCUUAAGAAACAACAAUGCCUCCCAAGAAACGUGAUAAGGAAGCUGAGGCAGCAAAGGCUCCAAGAAUUGAUCACAUACAAGCUGAUCAUGAAUUGUUCCUUCAAGCAUUCGAAAAACCGACUCAAAUAUAUCGAUAUUUGCGUACCAGAAAUUUGUGUUCGCCAAUAUUCCUCAACCGUACUUUAACUUACAUGAAAUAUAGGAUGUCAAGAACCCACAAGAAUAGAAAAAAUUUUAAAGUAGAUGACAUGCUAGAAAAGAUAACCAAAGCAAAAGAUAACAAUGUGAUUCAACCUGGUUUUAUUAAUAUAACAUUUUUAAGUUUUAAUGACCAAAACUUGAGGUCUCAAGGUAAUAUUGCUGAAGUAGAGAUAAUACUUUUAAAAAUUAGUCAUAAAAAAAGGAAGGAAAGUUCUGCUCCUUGUAUGCAGGUAUCUUUGGGUACUGCUGAAGUUCCUAUUAAUCCCUCAAAUGACUCAUUUCCAAAUACUGCCUCAACUAUUAGCAUAUCAACAGAGAAAUUCAAUUCUAACGGAGGCCCCUUAGCAAAAUCUCACAUUUUGUUGUUUAGAUUGCAAAUUAAGAAAUCUCCAUUGAAUAAUGAUAAUGAAGAACCUGAGAAUAAGAGGAUGAAAAUUGAUAGUGAUAACUCCAUUGAAUCACAGUUAUAUGGUGCUGAAUUAACAGUUUAUGAUAAACAUAACCGAUGUUAUCUAACAGAUGGUGAUUAUGAUGUUGUUGUUACAAAUUUUGUAAGCAACUCCCCUAAGAAACAUUCAAAUUGGGAGAAUAUCAGUGAUCUAAUUGAUACUUGCAACAACUUGGAUGCAUUUAUGAAAGACCCCAUUUUGAAAUUCAAACUCAAUUGGUCUUCUGAAGCACUAGCUAAAAUAGUGGAUAGACCUAAACCGUAUUCCCAUUCUGAGAACAAGGAAAAUAUACCGGUUACUCAACUUAAAAAGUCUGAAAAGAUUCAGAUUGUAUAUCAAUUUGUUUACAAUAACAAUUCCAGACAACAGACAGAAGCUUGCGAAGAUUUACACUGUCCUUGGUGUAGCCUCAACUGUGAUCAACUUUAUACACUCCUCAAGCAUCUGAAACUGUGUCAUUCCAGAUUCACCUUCACCUAUGUUCCAAUUUCUGUCGGUGCCCGAAUUGAUGUUGCAAUAAAUGAACUUUAUGAUGGUUCUUAUACCGGAAGCCCCCACGAUCUAAUCAUACAACCUUCAGUGUGUUCAUUUUCAAGGAAUGGACCUGUUCGUCGAGCUUCAGUCACCCAUAUUCUUGUGUGUCAUCCAAAGCGCCCUAAAUCGAGUUUAUCUGAAUUCAUUGAGUUAGACGACUGUGAAUAUGACGGACAAAGGCCUUUCAUCACCGGACACAACAGACUCUAUCAUCAUACAACGACAUGCCUACCUAUUUACCCAAAAGAAAUGGAUGUUGAUUCAGAAGGUGAGAAUGAUCCUGAAUGGUUGAGAAAUAAAACCAUGACCAUGAUAGACGAGUUCACAGAUGUGAAUGAAGGUGAAAAGGAAUUGAUGAAAAUGUGGAACUUGCACGUUAUGAAGUACGGAUUUGUCGGAAAUUGUCAAAUUCCUCUUGCCUGCCAGAUGUUUGUACAGCAGAAGGGCAAGGAACUACUACUUAGAAACCUCUACAAGAACUUUGUUGUGCACAUGUCAAAUUUAUUCGAUUUUGGCUUAGUUAGUGCAGUUUGUAUGUAUACAACAAUCCAGAAACUACAAGAGAUGGUUGCAGAAACUAUGGCCUUAAGCACUGUACUCAAAGAAUCCAGAGAAGCGCAAAUAGAUAACUGGUCAAAAACGGGAUGUGUAUUCAGUAAAGAAAAAUGUAUUGUGAGAACUCCAAAUGGGAGAAAGACAGGGACAGUGGGAAAUCCAAGGAGGAAGGGACUUUCUACACCUUCAAGUGAGAACUAUUGUAAAAGAAGUUCGGAGAGUGGGGAACCUACUAGAAAACGACUUUCUUUAUCUUUGAACAAGAAUGAGGUGAAGACAAACAGUAGUUAAAAAAAUUUGUUGUUUGAAAAGUUUUAUAUCUUAUUAUAAAUCUAAAUAAUUUAUACAGGUUGAAAUGUUUGUUUCAAAUAUUUGAUUGUUCAUCUUUACUCGCGCAUAAUAAUUUUUUUCUUGAUUUCUUUAAUUUAUAGUUACCCUUGAAUCUUUUUCUUUGAGAAAUAUUAUGUAGCAUAUUGAAAUAUACAGUUAUUUGAA